AUGACAUCCACAUUCAGCUUCGGCUUUGCGGGGGACGAUAUCGAUAUCGAUGAUACGGAGAUGAAUGAGAUUGACGAGACGAACAAUGACCAGAAUGCUGGUGCGGGAUCUACACUUCCGGAGCUGAUUCCAGCUAAGAAACAUGAUGUGGCUGAGUGGAUCCCAACUCUCCCCUCUCAAAUCUCAUUCAACAAACUCAGACUCCCCAUCAACACGGCCGCUGCAACCAAGCACCUCACCCUCGCUCGUCGGGACAUCUUCGAUAUCCGCGCCCAACUCAUGGCGGAAGAUACGCCCGACGAGAACAACGAGGAGCUGAUUGCCGGUCUGGAGAAAGGCGACAUUAAGCCCAAUUUCUAUGAAGGCGGGUUCAAGACCUGGGAAUGUGCAGUUGAUUUAGCCAAGGUGCUUGUUGAUGCUGAUGAGCUGGGUGUGUCGACGUCUGCUGGUGAUAGGCAUAUUAUUGAGCUCGGCGCCGGCACCGCCAUCCCAUCACUAUCUCUCUUCGCACAGCUCCUCUCGAACCCAGCAACCACAGCACAGGGAAAGAAAACUCACUUCACAUUCGCAGACUACAACUCUGCCGUCCUCCGCCUCGUUACUUUCCCUAACCUCCUCUUAACAUGGCUUCACUACACACAAUCUUCUUCCUCCCCCUCCGAAGGAGAGUCAGAAGAAGAUGAACUCCUCGACAUAACCCCCACCCUCAUCCAAUCCUUUCAAGAAGACCUCUCUGCCCGCGGCAUCACCAUCUCCUUUAUCUCCGGUGCCUGGUCACCUGCUUUCGUGGACUUAGUCUUCUCCCAGCAAGAAUCUCACUCCCAAACACUCGUCCUCGCCUCUGAGACCAUCUACUCGCCUGCUUCGCUGGGGGCGUUCUCCGAGACGUUAGUUGCGUUGUUGCGUCGUGCUGCUGCUACUCCGGGACAGCAGAGCGGGGCGCUGGUCGCGGCGAAGAAGGUCUAUUUUGGGGUUGGAGGGGGUGUGGAUGAGUUUUUGGCGGUUUUGGGUGGCGUUGCUGGUGCUCAGGGCGUCAAGGUGGACGUGCAGGAGAGGUUGGAUGUUAAGUCGGAGGGGGUGGGGAGGGUGGUGUUGGGGGUUAGAUGUGCUUGA